AUGGACAGAUUAACUGCCAUUCUGAAGACGUCACGGAACUGUUUAUUUCAGGAAGCUGUUGCUAAAAAGUUCUUAUCUGCAAUGCUAGAUAAACAUACUGCAAAGUAAGUCGUUAAUGACCGCGUCGCAGAAAGGAAAGUACUGCAGCAGAAGAGGAACAACCAGCAAGAAAAAGAAGCUCAACUUCUCCACAAUGUUAGCUUGCUGUUUAUUUGUACUCCUUGUUUUUUCUGGAUUCUCUACAUGUCAUGGGCAUGGCAUUGAGAACGACACUGUGUCGGGGAACAGCACUGUCACCCCGUUACUAAUUGUCUCUUUUGACGGCUUCAAGGCAGACUACUUAAAGAAGUACAGCUUUCCAAAUCUUGAGAAGUUCUUUUCUGAUGGCGUCCUUGUGGACCAUGUCUCUAACGUCUUUAUUACCAAAACUUUCCCCAACCAUUACAGCAUAGUUACUGGCCGUUAUGCUGAAAGCCAUGGCAUUCUCUCGAGUAGUAUGUAUGAUCCGGACACAAAAAAUACAUUUUCUUUAAGCCAUGAUUCUGACUCGUUUUGGUGGGAGCAGGCCACACCACUCUGGGUAUCCAUUCAGCAGAAAGGUUACAAGAGUGCUGCAGCCAUGUGGCCUGGGACCGAUAUUAAGAUUCACAAUCUGACAGCUUCAUAUUAUUUAAAGUAUCAGCAUGAUGUGCCAUUUCAAGAGAGAGUUGACAACCUUACAAAAUGGCUUAGCCAAGAUUUAGUGAAGUUUGCAACAUUAUACUGGGAGGAGCCAGACUACUCUGGCCACUUAUAUGGACCAGAUAAUAUAACGGAAAUGACAAAGGCUCUGAAACAAGUGGAUGAUCACAUUGGCUACCUGAUUGACAAUCUCAAACAGACGGGGCUGUGGAGCAACAUUAAUAUCAUCAUUACGAGUGAUCAUGGAAUGGUCCAGUGUGCCCCUGACAGGCUUAUACAGCUUGAUGACUGCAUUGGUCCAAAAAAUUACACCUUGGUGGAUUUCACUCCUGUUUCUGCAAUUUUACCACUGACCAAUGUAACUUACGUCUAUGAUUUGCUGAAGAAGUGUAACCCUCAUAUGAAAGCGUACAUGAAGGAGGACAUUCCAGAUAGGUUGCAUUACAAGAACAAUAGGAGGAUCCAGCCCAUCAUCCUUGUUGCUGACGAAGGGUGGACUAUUGUUCAGAAUGGAUCACUUCCUCGGUUGGGCGAUCAUGGCUAUGACAACACUUUACCCAGCAUGCACCCCUUUCUGGCAGCCCAUGGCCCUGCCUUUCGCAAGGGCUACAGACUGAACAGCAUCAACACCGUGGACAUCUACUCGCUAAUGUGCCAUCUCCUGAGACUAGAAGAACAACCCAACAAUGGCACGUUCACCAACACAAAGUGUAUGCUUGCCAGCCAAUGGUGUGUUAACCUUCCAGAAGUCAUAGGGAUAGUCAUUGGUGUUUUCAUCGUGCUGACCGCUCUAACGUGCCUGAUUGUCAUGAAGAACAAAGUGUCGCCCUCGUCUCGCGCCUUUGCACGCCUUGAGCUGCAGGACGAUGAUGACGAUGAUCCAUUAAUUGGGUAGAAUGCAUUCAGUUUUACCUGAUUCCAUUGAAUUGAUAUUUAAACGUGCAGAUCAGCAUCGGAAUCGGAAAAGCCAGGCACCUACCUGUAUUUGUGUGCUGUAACUUGGAAUUCUGAUGGCCCAAAAUGCAGGGUAUUUCAAACAUCCUGGCCCACUGCACGAUAUAGUGUGCUAUUGACGAACAUAAUUUUCUCACCUGCAACAAGACUUUUGAAACACCUGGUGUAUAUUGGGUUGUGUGAGGGUGGUAAUUUAAUUUCUAUUUAUAAAUAAAACUAAUACUCUGUAGGACACCAUGUGGACAGAUUUAACAAUUUGGAGAGGUCUUUUAAUCCAUGAAUAUAGUAAAAAAAAAAUAAUAAAAAAAAAAAAA